AUGAGCAAAUCUGAGAAGAAAAAAAAACUUUCUCCAGCUGAGCUUAGAAUACUGAAAGAUCUUGAAACUGCCGAUACUCUAACAGGAAUUGCAAUUAAGUUUCCAGAUCCAGAUGAUGUCAAGCAUUUCCUAAUUCGAAUUCAUCCUUCAGAAGGAAUUUGGAAAAAUGGAAACUUCGAUUUUGAAUUCACAAUGACUGAUGAAUAUCCGUUUGAAAGACCAGCAGUUCAAUGCAAAACAAAACUUUGGCAUCCAAAUAUUCAACUAUAUGGACCAGUUUGUUUAAACAUUCUUCGAGAAAAAUAUACACCAGCAAUACCUCUUUCUAAUUUAAUACUCGGCAUCCAGUAUUUGUUUCUUGAACCAAAUCCUAAUGAUCCACUUAACGUCGAAGCUGCAGAAGAAUUUACUAAAGAUAAUAUUAAAUUCAGGGUGCAUGCGCAUGAUUAUAUGUUGCAUUAUUGUCCAGCAAAAGCAAAUUUUGAUUGA